GUGGCCGGAUCUUGGUGCUGCUACCGUCUCCCGCCUCUCCCGUCUCUGCGAACGAUGGAGUACGAGUACAUGCUGAUGAGGAACGAGAAGGAAACGCAAAACCGCUGCUGCGGCGGACGCGUUUGGUGUGUACAGGACAUUUGCGGCAUCAUCUGUGCCGUUUUAACGUGGGGUUUAAUAUUGUAUGCGGAAUUCGUCGUCACAAUGGUGAUCCUGCUGCCCCAUCCUUACAAGGCCUAUCGGUACAUUAACUUUAUUAUCUUUAACACGGGCUCGUUCCUGGCGUUUGCAUCACACCUGCGUACCAUGCUGUCCGAUCCGGGUGCCGUACCGAAAGGAAACGCCACGAAGGAAAUGAUCCAGCAGCUCGGCUACCAGGAGGGGCAGGUGUUUUUCAAAUGUCCCAAAUGCUGCAGUAUUAAGCCGGAGCGUGCCCACCACUGUUCCGUCUGCCAGCGGUGCAUACGCAAGAUGGACCACCACUGUCCGUGGAUAAACAACUGCGUCGGGGAGAACAAUCAGAAGUUUUUCGUACUUUUUACGGUAAGAGGGGGCACACCGGCUUUUUACAUCGCAUUCAUUUCCAUCCAUUCGAUAUUUCUGGCUGUAAAUCAGUUCUGCCUGUGCAUCAAAAACGAGUGGAGAGAGUGUUCCAACUAUUCGCCACCGGCCACCGUGAUACUGUUGCUCUUCCUCAUACUGGAAGCGCUACUGUUUGCCGUCUUCACGAUGAUCAUGCUCGGCACCCAGCUGAACGCAAUAUGGACGGAUGAAACGGGCAUAGAACAGCUGAAAAAGGAGGAAGCCCGCUGGGUGAAGAAAUCGCGCUGGAAAAGCUUCCAGGCCGUGUUUGGUCACUUUUCGCUAGCAUGGUUUUCACCGUUUACGCAGCCGCUCAGAGCAAAGCAUGAAAAUUAUUUAUAUUCAGUCUAAAUAAAACAAAAAACCACACUCAACAUAAAA